AUGCAUCCUCGUUGCUUUGCAGGAAUAUGUAUAUAAGGUUUAAUUGAUGAUGAAGAAGAAGGAUAAUGUAAUGAUCCAUAAUGCCAAUUAUUUCAUUUAACUGAAGAAUAACGAAAUAAUGCAAGUUAAAUAAAUGGGUUUUAUAGAUAGAACAUCUGUAAUAUUCAAAAUUGUAAAAUCACUAAUUGUAGAUAUUUACAUCCUGGUUGGGCUAAAGAUUAUUGUGUAUAAUUUUUUUAAACUAGAUGUAAAAAUAAAUGUAAUAAUCAUUUGAAAUGGAAUGCUAUUAAGACUUAAGUUUAUGAGAAAUAUGAUAUUUAAGGUUUAAAUCCAGAAAUGUUAUGUAUAAAAUUAGAUUGUAAAUGUUAAAAACAUUUACCAAAUAUUGAAGAUUUCUGCAUAGAUUAUUUCAAAGGUAUUUGUCCUUAGAUUGAAUGCUCUAAAAAACAUGUAUUUUGGGAAGAACUUAAAUCUAAUAGAAAAUUGUAAUUUGAAGAACCUAAAUUAAAGCCAUGUUCUUAAUAAAAUCUUUAGAAUCAAUCAUAAUUAAAUGAGAAUAAUACUUUUAUUUAAGUUAUGAUUGAUGAAUAAGAAUUAAAAAGAAUGCAUAAAGUAUUAUAAUAAUAAAAUAUUAUUGAUAUUAUAUUUAUAAUGGAUUGUACAAAGACAAUGGAUCGUUGGAUAUAAUAAUGUCAUUUACAAAUGGAUAAUAUAAUACAAAAUUUUAGAAAUAAAAAUAAAUAAUAUAUUACUCGUGUAGGAUUUGUUGGAUAUCGUGAUAUUAUUAUUAAAAAAUAGUAAAGUAUGAUAAAACUUGAUAGAAAAAGUUUAUUAUCUUAAAAUGAUAAUAUUGAAUAAAUGGAUUUUUAGAUACUUGAUAAAAAUCAUGUUGUUUUUCAUGAUUUAACUGAUAAAAUUGAAUUAAUUAAGGAAUUUGUAAAAUAAUAAAAAGCAUUUGGUGGUGGAGAUGAAGCUGAAGAUAUUGUAGCUGGAAUAGAAAGAGCAUCAUAAUUAAAUAUUUCAAAACAUUAAGAUAGUGUAUUAAUAACAUUUUUAUUUGCUGAUUCUCCUUGUCAUGGUAAAUAAUAUCAUGAUAUUGAUGAUGAUGAUUUUAUGGAUAAGGUUCCUCCUAAUACUUUAGAAAAUUUAAUGAAAAGAUAUAGAAAAAUUAAAAAUAAUAAUUUUUUCUUUUGUUCCAGAAUAUCUGCAAAGACUGAUAAAAUGUUUAAAAUAAUGAAAUCUGUAUUUCCAGAAGUUUCAAUUACUGAUCAUUUAACACCAGAAGAUUUUCCAAAUUUAGUUAAAUUUUCAUUAGAUUAAAGUUUUUCAAAAAUAAGCAAGAGUCAAUUAAAUAAACCAUUAGAGAUUAAAGCAUAAUCUAUUAAAUCUAAGUAUAUUGAUUAUAAUUGUAUAACUCUUGAAGAUAGAAAAAAAUAUUGGAAAGAUUUUACCAAGAUUUGUUAAUCUUAAGACAGAAUUAAUAAUACAACUUUAAAAAUUAAUUAAAAUCCAGAAAAAUUAUUAGAAAAUGAAGAUGGAGUUAAUUCAUAUAUAUUUAAAGUAUUUGAUGUUAUGAACAAUCAAAAUUUAGUAAUCAAAAUACCUAAAAAGAUAGUAGAAGAAUAUAAAUAAAAAGAAUAAAAUUUGCAGAAAGAAAAUUCAAAUGAACGAGUAAAAUUAUCAGAAGAAACUAUAAUAGAAGCUUAAAAGUUUUCAUAAUAAAGAUUUACAUCAUAAACUGUAGCAAAGUAAUUAGCCUAAAUUUAUAGAGAAAAAGUUAAAAAUUUGAAUGGAGCACCACCUAUUUUUUAUGUAUCACCCAUGUUAUAUACACUUUCUGAACCUUUUUAUGGUUUGAAUCAUAUUUAUGCAGAAUCAUUCAUUAAUUUACCUAAUAUUUAAUGGAAAAAAUAUUCAAAUAAUGCAUAAUAUACUAAUCCUGAUUUUUAUUACUAUUCUUCCUUUAGCCAUUUUACUUAUGAAGAAACAGGUAAUUAAUUUCUGAUUACAGAUUUAUAAGGUAAAUUAAAUAUAUUUAGUGAUCCAUCAAUUUAGAGUGCUGACAGUUAUAAUAAACAUUUAAAUAAUGAUAUAACAAAUUUCAAUCAACAAGGUAUUGCAAAUUUUUUUUUUAAUGCUCAUUAAAAAUGUAGUUUUAUAUGCUAAGAAUUAAAUUUAACAAACCCACUUAACAUAGCUGAAUAAGUUAAUUAAAAUGAAUUAGAUUCAACAUAAUGGGAUUUCAAUGAUUCAUAAGAAUUAUCAAUUAUAUGUGAGACAUGUGAUGAAUAUUAACAAAUUAAAUAGAUUGAUUAUUUAAAUGAUUUACAUAAAAAAUGUUCAUAAUGUAAAGAACUUGAAAAUGUUAUGCAUUAAGUACAAUGUAGUUGUUGUAAAGAAUAUUUUAGAACUCCUUAGAAUUAAUAAAUUCGAGUAGGAACAAUGAUAGGAAAAUGUGAAAAUUGUAAAGUAAACUGCAGAUAAACAAACCUAAUUUGUUUGUAUUGUAAAAUGAAUUGCAAAUUAAAGGUUUCAUCUGAGACUAUUGAAGGCAAAUAGAUUUAUUUAUGUAAGGAAGGAAAGAAAUAUUUAUCUUCAUUAAAAUGCAUGACAUGUAAUUCUUAGUAUUCUUUUGACAAAAUUCUAGAUCCUAGAUAUUAUGAAAUAGGUUUUUAUAGAUGUAAAAAAUGUGAUUGA